UUUUGUUGUCAUGUUUGUCAAUACUUGUCGUGGAACACAAGGAAUGUGACCAUAAUCAUAACCUGAUUACAUUGAUUAUUAGAAAUCUUGGACAGUAUGGAUAUUUGACUCUAUUGCGACCCGAGGAAAAAAAUCUUAAUUUAUAACGAAGUGGAAGAGGAAAUAUGGUCGUUUGUUCUUUUAGCAGACGCCUAUAAGUACUUCAGACAAGAACGUACAUAAAAUACUGGUGCUCCAAACUUAAAAGCGAGGAAAAAAACGGGAACUGAAAAUUACAUUUUAUUUUCGCUUUAUUUUCGUUUGGUGACACUUUCCAUAGUUAUUACAAAGGAAACUACGUAGAUAUUGAUAUCGUAUUUAUAGAUAGAUUUAACACGAGUUGAAAGCCAGCCAAAUGGAGAAAUAAAGCGUGCAACAUGCGCGAUAAUUUGUUGAAAUAUAUGGAAUAUAUCCUCUCUAACUCAAGAUGACUGACUUUUGAACAUGGGCUUUGAUAACGCCGUAAAACCAAUUCAGGCAAAACCCGGAGAAUCUUCACAAGGUGAUGAAAUUGAUGAAUUCACCGACGGUCCGGCGGCGACAAGAGAAUGCAGGGAUGUCGUUUUCCUCGCACUUUUUGUCGUUUUCGUUAUAGGGAUGGGUUUGGUGUCAUGGAGAGCCAUUACCCUUGGCAACCCAUACAGAAUUAUCUACGGUACAGACAGUUACGGAAAUGUUUGUAACCAGGACAACAAGGUCAUCGAAGGUGUUAAGCCGGCGCUCACUGGUAUUGACCUGCGAGGCAAACCAUACCUUUACUACUUCAAUGUAAACGUUUUCACUUCCGUUACUUCAAUUACCGACAACGUCGCAUCUACAAAGAUUUGUGUUUCAAAGUGUCCGUCCACGACAAUCAGCACUGUUUUAGAUAUGCAGAAUUUUGCAACCAACACAGAUUCACGGUUAUGUUUGUACGAUAUUAAAACGGCCGCUUAUUUUGAUGGAUCGAAUGGUAAUUCUGGAUGUCCAUCCUUGCCAAUAAAACCUCAGGAAGAGUUUUUAUAUCGCUGUGUACCUUCAUCCAUUACAAACAGAAUUGACCAUGUUGCCACGGCGAUAAGCAGUCUUCUAAAUGCUAUUGAAGAAAAUCUUGUGGAGAAAGGAGCAAACGAUAUCAUGAAUUCAUGGUUUGAAAUGUGUCUCUUGUGUGCCUUUGCUGUGGUUGUGUCAGUGGUUUUAGCUCUCCUGCUUCAAUUCGUUGCUUGGUUUAUCGUCUGGUUCAUGGUGGUAGCCAUGGUGAUUGGAGCGCUAGUGGCAACUGGCGUCUGCUGGUAUCACUAUCACAACUUACGGAGAAGUUUAGACGCCAUGCCAGCAGACGACACAAGUCUCCGCAUGGAGAAGAAAGUCCGUGACUGGCUUAUAGGAUCUAUUUGUAUGACAGUCAUUACAGCAAGUAUUUAUCAUAUUUCUAUUUGAAUUGACAGAAGAAAG